AUGAACAGGCUCAACACGACAUCGGUGUCGCUGGCCGUCACGCCCACGGUGGUUACCACCUUGUUUUCACACUACCUCAACAAGAAGAACUUGAAAGAACACCCAACCACUCAUUUGUCGUACGACGAAGGACUACACCUAAUCCGAUCGUUCCUCGAGUAUGCCUCCCACCACACCGUCGAAGAGAUCCAGGCCUUCACGGCGCAAUGGGUUCCGCACCCGCAGUGGGUGAAGCUGGAAAGCGUCACCAUACCCGACGAGCACCUCGGCCGGGCCGCGGAACUGAUCGAAGGCGAACUGGGGCCCGACGGCAUCCGGCAGAUUGGCGGCAGGAAGUGGUGGCACUGGCGAGGGCCUAAGGGGCCGAUGGAGGCCGAAUGGAUCGAGAUGCGGGCGGACUACAACGAGCGGAAGAAGAACAACGAGCCGCUGCGCCGCGUGAUGCUGUACGUCCAUGGCGGCGCGUAUUACUUCGGGAGCGUCGACGAGCAUCGCUAUCAGAUGCAGCGCCAUGCGAGGAAGCUGAAAGCUAGGGUCUUUGCUCCUCGGUACCGUCUGGCGCCGCAGUUUCCGUUUCCGUGCGGUCUGCAGGAUUGUUUGGCGGCGUAUCUGUAUCUGCUCACUAUCCAGGACCCGAGCACAAUUGUGUUUGCGGGAGACUCGGCUGGUGGCGGUAUGAUUAUGGCGAUGCUCUGCCUUCUUCGCGACCAAGGCAUUCCGUUGCCGGCCGGUGGUAUUCUUAUCAGUCCGUGGGUUGAUUUGACUCAUUCGUUUCCGAGUCUUGCUGGGGAGGCUCCAUUGGAUUACAUACCGACGUCGGGAUUCCAUCACAAGCCGUCGAGGGCGUGGCCGCCUCCGAAUGAAGAUGAUCUGAAGAUGCUGAAUGAAGAGGUGGAGAAGCGCAAGAAGGGGAUCAAGAAACCGGCCCCCCCACCGACGUCUGAGCUGGAGGAGAAGCAGCAGAAGCCCGUGGUUCCGAUGAGCGAUGGAGAUACCGGGGUUCAUAUUGACAGUAGUGGGCUUCAUACCGAGACGGAGAAGUUCCUGACCGUCACCAUUGACGGAGAGUUGAUUACCAUGAAGGACCAGAUCCAGAUGUACACCACGAACGCUCUUCUAUCACACCCUUUGGUGAGCCCUGUCAAGCAGCCGACGCUUGGCGGACUGCCACCUCUUCUGAUUACAGUCGGAGGUGGCGAACUCCUUCGCGACGAACAGAUUCACUUAGCUCACAAGUGCGCCAAUCCCACGAAAUACGCACCGCCAGACGCAGACUUGACGGACCACGGAAGGAGACUCCUUGCUAAGUACAAGCCUACUUAUGUGCAGCUUCAAGUUUGGGAUGAUUUGUGCCACGUCGCUCCGACACUCAGCUUCACCAGCCCUGCAAAGUACAUGUACAGGUCGAUCGCCCAAUUCGGCGCUUGGGCUCUGGCGCGUGCCCAGGAUAGAGAUAUCGAGAUUAUGGACGAUGAUGCGAUUUCGGUUAUUACGAGCUCUGGUUCUGAUACAGAGGCUCGGGGACAGGAAGAGCAAAGACAGAACAAGGAUAAAGAGCCAGCGGAGGAACCGACCCCCAAGGAAGUUGGAAGAGCAGGAGAUCCGCUCCCGCCGUUCAAGAACCACAUGAUCCGACAGCGAAUAACCAGGAACGGUGUCAUUUUGCCCCUUCCGUUGGAAGAAGAGCUCCCCGGAUGUAUGAUGAAGCCCGAGGAGAUUGGCGUUAUCAAACAGGGUCCUGUGAAGAAGUGGCUGGCAACGAAGCACGCAUAUGACACCAAAUACGCGAGCGCAAAAGCCAAGGUACACAAAAAGAUCAUCAAAGAGAUACUGGUCGGGUAUCAAGACUUUGGCGCAGACGAGCAUCCACCGCCGACAGCAUUGGCGGGACGGAUCCCUGUGGGCACGGAAUUGCAACCAGGGAAGAGAAGGAGGAGAAGUUUCGGCCUGGCCAUGUGGUCUCUCUGGGGCUCCAAGCAUGAUGAAAUGACGGUGGAGAGGGAGCAGAAGGCCAACUACGGGCCCGAGACGCAAACCGUCACCCCUGAACUGCACAAUGGAGAGUCUUCGAAUACCGAAGGCGAGAGACUGGGGCACAACCGCAGACCCUCUCGCCAGCGGAUCGUGCGGGACGAGCACCAGACGAGCAAUCAAGAGGUGAACGAGGACACGCCCGUGGCACAGCUGAUUGCGAUGCGGCGGGAGCAGGAGGCUGCUCACGACGGGCUUUCGCCUGAGACGGGUGUUGCCGGGAAGAGGCCUUUUCUGGACGGCAUCGCGCUGCCUUUCACCAUCAAGAAUGAAGCGGAGACUGCGAGCAUGAUCACGCUGAACUCCACGAUGACGCCGGGUUCGAGGCCGAUGAGUUCAGGCUUCGAGUCGGGGGUUGGUGAGACGGAUUCGAAAGGGGCUGUGGGUGGUGGUGAGAAGACGGAGGCAUAG